AUACAGGCAAACUCCAAGGAGGGGUGUACGUCUAAUGAUGGAACUAAUAUCGCCGCAGUCUAGGGUUCAGAUUCCGGUAAUCGAGUUAAAGGUUGCAUAUCAUAGGGUACAAUUGGUACAACGUGAUUCAAUACAUGAGAUCAGAGCUCAACACACUUACUUUAAAAGUUAUUUAGAGGUCAAUUGGGGGCAGAUUAAGUUCAUGUUAGAUGACGCGGAAAUGAAGUUAGGUCUUCCUAGUAAAAUACCAAUUCCAUAUAUUGAAAGGGGAGUCAUUGAUCAUUUGUUGCAUGAACCAUAUGUAAUCCGAUUCUAUUGUGAAAUUGAUAAGAAUGUGUUCAUUCUCAUACCAAAAGAGAGAAUGGUAGUGUAAUAAGUUAUUGUAUGUUAUUCCAGUGGCUCAAGCACAAAUACCAUCUUUCUGGAACUUUCGGGCAGAGAAAGUUGACAAGUCCACCCAAACAGAAAAUACCAAAGGCGAGGUUAAGAGAGAGGUACCAGUGCCAGUGACUACCCCAGAUAUCCAACCCAUGGUUGAAAGCACCGUCCUGGCGGGGGUUCACAUAGAGAAAAUUUCUCACAUGAAAUAUGUAUGAAGUAGAUUCUGGACUCUGGGAACUUUACAACAAGAAAACCAUUUUGGACAAUCCUUGAAAUAUAAAAACUUCGACAAACGACAAGCAAAAUAAUUUAGACUAUUCGCGGAAUAUUAGACAUUAUUCAUGACAUAAUAAGGACUACCGAAAGAACAUUAUAAACCAAUAGAACUCUCUAC